AUGCCACCUCCAUUCCCCUCCUCCCACCGGGGCAUGACCGCCAACCCCCUCAAGCCCGUGCGCCGCUACAGACCCGGAAAGCCUGUCGCAGAAGAACCGUCAUCGUCCGAAGAAGAGGAAGACGAGGAGGAGGCGCAUCAGAAUGAGGAGGAAGCUCGCGAGCAGGAGCGCAGGAGGAGGGCCGAAGAGCAGAGGAGGAGACAGGCGGCUGUGCCGAAGGCGAGUUCGUUUCCGGCUGGUGCGGCGCGGGGGAUUACGAAAAGGGUGGAGGGGGUGAGAAUUGAAAAGGAUGAUGAGGACGAGGACGAGGAGGGGUUUGUUACGGAAGAGGAGGAUGAGGAGGAGGCACGGGGGGCUUUGCCUACUGCUGCGGCUGCGGCUGUGAGUGAGACGAGUGCGGCAGCGGUAUCAAAGCCUAAUGCGAAGGUACCAACGGUGGAGGAAGACGAGGAAGAGGAAGAGAGUGAGGAGGAAGAAAGUUCCGAAGAAGAAAGCAGUUCUGAAGAUGAAGCACCACGGCGUGUGCUGUUACGACCGACAUUCAUCAAAAAAGAGAAGCGCGGGAACGGCGGACCAGAGGCACAGAAUGGGCAGGGCACAUCAGCAGAUUCGCAAGCCGAAACAGAAGCACGAAAGGCACAGCGCCAGGAGAAAGCCGACGCACUUGUCCGCGAGCAGAUCGAAAAAGACGCAAUCGCACGAAGCGCAGCGAACCGAGCCUGGGACGACGACGAAGUCAUGGCGAACGAAGAAGCCGAGAUCGACGACACGGACAACAAGGACCCGGAAGCCGAAUACGCGGCGUGGAAGCUGCGCGAGUUGAAGCGCAUCAAGCGCGAGCGCGAAGCCAUUGAAGCCACAGAAAAGGAACGCGAGGAGAUCGAGCGCCGCCGCAACCUCACAGCCGAAGAGCGCGAGCGCGAAGACCAAGAAUUCAUUGCGAAGCAGAAGGAGGAGCGCGAAGCCUCUCGCGGCCAGACGGGCUUCAUGCAGCGAUACUUCCACAAGGGUGCGUUCUUCCGCCCUGAUUUGGAGAAGGAAGGUCUGGACCAGCGGAAUGUCAUGGGCGCGCGAUUCGCCGACGAUGUCGCCCGGGAGACACUGCCGCAGUAUAUGCAGAUUCGUGACAUGACGAAGCUAGGAAAGAAGGGUCGAACACGAUACAGGGAUCUUCGCUCGGAGGAUACGGGGCGGUUCGGUGAUGGUUUCAGUAAUCGGCGUCGGCAGGAUGGACCGCCUAUCGGUGUCACAGACGAGCGGUUCAUGCCUGACCGCGACCGGGGAGAUGAUCGACCCCGGGGACCUACGGGUGCGAAUGCGUCCGCGGUGCGGGAGAGACGCAGGUCCAGAUCCAGGUCGAGGACACGCUCUCCCAGGCGGGAUCGACGAGAGGACGAAAGGGAUACAUAUCGGCCUGAUUCUCGCGGCCGACGGAAACGGAGUCCCUCGCCGUAUGAGGAUAGAGAGAAGCGAAGGCGGAUGAGAGGUGUUUCCUAG